GAUAUUCCAUAAUUUACUGUCAUCUGAAUUAUUUUUAGGUUAGAAUAGGUAUUUUUUAAAGGUUUUGACUAAUCUUGUUUAUAAAUAAAGUAGAAAACAUGGAUUUGUGGAAAGAUAUCCUUGGUUCUCCGGUAAAAAUAGUGGCUCCGAUGGUAGACGCCAGUGAACUAGCAUGGAGACUAUUAAGUAGACGAUAUGGGGCUGAACUCUGUUAUACACCAAUGUUACAUAGUGCCAUUUUCACUAGAGAUCCUAAGUAUAGGAAAGAAGCCCUGGCUUCCUGCGAGGAAGACAAACCCUUGAUUGUUCAAUUUUGUGGGAAUGAUCCAGAUAUUAUGUUGGAAGCUGCUCUUUUAGCUCAAGACUAUUGCUCUGCUGUAGACAUUAAUCUAGGUUGUCCUCAGGCAAUAGCCAAAAGAGGACACUAUGGGGCUUUUCUCCAAGAUGAAUGGCCUUUAUUAGAAAAGAUAGUCAGUACCUUAAGCAAAAACUUGAAAGUACCUGUUACUUGUAAGAUACGAAGGUUUGAAACUAAGGAGAAAACUGUGCAAUAUGCCAAAAUGUUAGAAUCUGCAGGAUGUAAAAUGUUAACAGUUCAUGGCAGAACAAGGGAGCAAAAAGGACCACUUACAGGGAUAGCUGAUUGGAGUUUUGUCAAGGCAGUGAGAGAAGCAGUUUCAAUACCCGUCAUCUCUAACGGCAACAUCCAAUGUAUCCAAGAUGUAGAAAAAUGUUUAGAAGAAACUGGCGCUGUUGGUGUUAUGACAGCAGAGGGCAAUCUGUAUAAUCCUGCUUUAUUUAUAGGACAAAAUCCUCCGGCAUGGGUACCUGCCGAAGAAUAUCUAGAUCUUGCUGAAAAAUAUCCUUGCCCACUGUCUUACAUUAGAGGACACUUGUUUAAAUUGUUUCAACAUAUCCUAUCUCUCCCUUUGAACAAUGACUUAAGAAUUAGAUUAGGAGCUGCCAAUACAAUGGAACAGUUUAAGAAGAUAGUGAACGAGAUUAAAGCCAUUUAUGAGCCAUACCACAAUGGAUUAAAAGUCUGGGAAGAGACAACUGAGCCAGACACUCAAAAUAUCCUCCUUCCACCUUGGCUGUGCCAAUCUUAUGUCAGGGAUGAUCCUGAAAAUCAUAUUAAGAAAGUAGAAGAUAAAAAAUCUGAAGAGAAGUCCGAAAAUAAAAGACAGUAUGAAGACUCGGAAGGAAGAACAAUAAGCAGAAAAAAGAUGAAAAGACUAAGAAGAAUCAGCAGAAGACCAGAAAAACCCGAAAAUUUAGCAGAUAGGCCUUCUGAAAAGUGUUCAGUAUGUGUAAACCCAUUGGGCUCCAAAUGUUCAUAUAGGCUGUGCAAAAAGUGUUGUAGAGAUAAAUGUUAUGUAGAAGAUUUAGACUGCAAAGGACAUAGGAUUUUAGUGAAAACAAGAAGAGAACUUGCAAAAAUGUAUGCUAGUCAAGAAAAGAAAGAUAUUCAACCAACGAGUGUUGGUGUUUCAUAGACGUGAAAAAUGUUUUAAUAAAAGUUUUAUUAUGUAAAUAAAUUAUUUUUUUAUAA